AUGUUCCCAGCAUUCACCGGCAACUCUCGUCGCCCGCGGGUGGUCAAUCUCAGUGGCCGAACCACUGAUCCCUUUGCCCAAAAUGCUCGAGGGCGCCAGGCCCCACGUGUCUCAAACCCGGAGAUUGCUAUCAGCUUUGCCCAGAAGGAGCGAGAGGAGAGACAAUAUGAAAGAGCUAGACUGAAUGCCGCCCGGCUCACCCAACGCGUAUGGCGGGGCAUUUUGAGCAGAAAAGAAUCAAAUCAAAUGUGGAGAUCUGAGUGGGAUUCCAACGAGCAGGCUCUUCUUAAUACCACGGAAUACCUUCCUGGCUCAGAGAAUUUCACAUUCCCGACACGCCGUCCCAUUCCAUAUGCCACCGCCAACGAGUGCCUGAAUCAGCUCCGACUUUUGAUACAGUUUAUGUCUGCGAAGGAUAAUCGGGCCAGAAUCAAGUGGGAUUCCCUACGUCUGGUCUAUUUUGUGAAUGCUUUACAACAAACUUUUCACAGUCUACCUUCCAUCGCCACGGAGGGUGAAUGGACCAAGUCGUUGAGACGGCUAGCCCUCGUUAUUCUAUCUAUCCUCAAGAACUCUUUAGACCCCGCGGUUCCUAACGAUGUUGUUGAGCCUUUGCUAGAGGGCGUAGUCUUCCUGAUUCGUCUAAUUCCAACUCAAAUGGCCCUCAUUUCAGCGGUCUACUUCAAGACUAUGGCUUCAUUAACUAUCAACUCCUCGGCCUACAUUUCACCUGACCCAGAAGGCCCAUGUAUUGACCCUCAGCAUCUCAAGAAUGCUAUAUUUGCUCUCCUGGAACCGAUCACGUCUGAAACCCUCAUGGCAUACGGAUCCUUUGCUCAACACUACCUCAAAGUUCCAGAUUUGGAACAGUAUUUGGGAAGACUAGACGACCUGGCCAACCGCAUGAACUGUCGUAUACUUUCAUUGGCAGUGUCCAGCCAACUUGAUCCUGAGACGGCAAAACCAAAGACCCUCGAGGAAGUACGAACACGAAUUUGGCUGCUUGCUUAUGUGAUUUUCUUUCAUCGAUAUGCUUUAGGUGGGCAAGCCAGCACUCCAGCACCAGACCUAGAAUUCUUAAAUCUGGUUUCCGAACUGCUCACUUUCACUGUUACAUACAUCGCACAAGGAAUCGAGGCAGAUGAACCACAUGGUAUAGACUCGCCCCCACGUGCUGAACCCUUGCAUCCAUUCGUCAAGGAUCAAGUCACUAGUCUCGUCGAUCAGAGCAGCAUCACUGCACUCUUAUCGCCAACUAAAACAUCAAAUCUUAGGCCGGGGUCAAGCGAUGGCUAUCAAGGCAUGAAUUCUAAUGAGAACGUGUAUGCAGAAAUACAGGCCCACGUUCUCGCCACAUAUGGAUUGAAUUUACUAAGAUUGUUCCCUCGUCGUGCAGACGAUAUUCGAAUGUGGCUUUAUCUAGCUUCGGCACCAUCCGACGAAAAGAUCUUUGAGAGGGGAAAAUCAAGGCUGCCAGCGGUCAAAUACUUCUGGCGGGCGACUAGAUCCAAUAGUAUUUUCACUUCCAUUUUCACCAACCCAUCAGCGGCUCUCCGACUGUUACAAAAACCAGAGCCGGCCAAAGACUAUGGUAGGUCUCGAGCUAAUAAUCAACUACAAGAAGGCCAUUCGCUAACACCUCGGCCAAUAAAAGAUCUCAGAAGAAAAUUAUCCCGUCACAGGGAUGAUCAAACGCAACUAGACGAGACUUGGAAACCGAUUCUGCUCUUCUUUGAGCUUUACACAUUUCUUCUGAAAGUUAUGGAUGACGAAGAAUUCUUUUCCGGCACUUCCUCCUUCACAUUGUCCGACGAUGACAAUGUUUCAUGGACUAGAGCGAGUGCAUUGUCUCUAGAUGAUGUCAAAGAGUUGACGGUCUUCUUGAAGAACCUAGCUUUCACUCUUUACUGGAACGCUGCGGACUUAACGGAGGAGCAGGAACCUCGACCUGCGAACCUUAGCACCUACUUCAGUACCACAACUCAAGCCUCCGAACCAUAUCCUCCCUUUUCAGGCUCGAAAGAGCCACACGCACCAUCCCAGACAAGUUAUUUGCCCGGAAUUACAGGCGUUCCCAUUGAUUACUUCAAAGGAUUGGUUACAGGCUUGCUUCGGAUGUUACAUGAACGAGAUUCGCGUCGCAACUUUUUGCCCCGAGGCCACUGGCUCAUGACCGAUCAAUUUGACAUGAAUGGCUUCAUACCUGCUGUUGUCGCUGAAGAGGAAGCGAGACAUGAGCUCCAGAUCAAUUCUGAUGACUGGGAGGAUUCUGAUGAUGAUGAUUACCCCGGGGACCAAUUCCUUGAAUCUCCGUCUUCCUCAGGCCUGGUGGGAACUGGUCAUGCUCAGCAAACUAUUCGCAAUGAAGCAUUGAGACGCAAUCAGAAACGAGCUUCGCGUAAGCGGACUCUGGCAGCCAUCAACCCAAGGCUUGAAAUCCUCCGCAACAUGCCAUUUUUUAUUCCUUUCUUGACUCGGGUCAAUAUUUUCCGUGAAUUCAUCUUCCACGACCAGUAUCGACGUCGUCAUGGACUCGUGGACCCCGACUCAUGGCGCGCAGCCGUCACUGGGGGUUCAAUGAAUAUGCCCGCUCAGACCUCCCUCGUCCGACAGCACGCUAGAAUUCGUCGGGAAAAUAUUUUCGAAGAUGCCCUAGAUCAGUUCUACGAGCUAGGUGAGGGUUUGAAAGAACCCAUUCAAAUCAGCUUCAUUGACCGCUUUGGAGCCCUGGAGGCUGGUAUCGAUGGCGGCGGCGUCACCAAGGAAUUCCUAACUAGCAUCACUACCGAAGCAUUCAGCACUGAUGGUUGGAACAGCAUGUUCGUGGAAAACGAUCAGCAUCUGCUGUACCCCAACCCUACGUCAACUGAAACAUGCAAGCAGCAGCUUCAGGGAUUCAUGAUACCGGAGCGAAGUGUGGAAUGGAACGAGGGAGUGAGGAACCAUCUGCGUUCAUAUGAAUUCCUUGGACGAGUCAUUGGCAAAUGCCUUUACGAAGGAAUUCUAGUUGACGUCAAUUUUGCCCCUUUCUUCCUGUUGAAAUGGGCCUUGACUGGUGGUCGGCGAUCUGCCUUGAGAGAAAGUUCCUAUCGUGCCAACCUCAAUGAUCUGAAGGAUCUUGAUGUGGGCCUCUACAAGGGCCUGCUCAAAUUGAAAAACUACAAUGGCAACGUUGAGGACUUUUCUCUGGAUUUCACAGUGAACGAUGAAAUUCCAACCUCAUCCACAUCGCGCGUGACGACUACCAAAGAAUUGCGACCUAAUGGAGCUGACAUGCCCGUCACCAAUCAGAACCGCCUCGUUUACAUCUCAUACAUUGCCCGUUACCGGCUUCAGAUCCAGCCUCAGCAAGAGACGAACGCUUUUCUGACAGGUCUGGGACAAAUCAUUCAACCAUCCUGGCUGUCAAUGUUCAAUCAAUCGGAACUCCAGACACUAGUGAGUGGAGAAGAAGAUGAAAUUAACGUUGAGGAUCUACGACGUAACAGUGUCUACGGAGGAGUGUACGAGCUCGGAGACGAUGGUCAUGAGCACCCGACUAUCAUGCAUUUCUGGCAGGUGCUGCACGAGAUGACUCCAGAGGAGCGCCAGGCGGUAGUACGGUUUGUAACCUCGACUCCGCGGGCUCCCCUGUUGGGCUUCAGUCACCUGAACCCACCGUUCAGUAUUCGAGACUCUGGUAACGACCAGGAACGACUUCCCACCACGAGUACCUGUGUGAACCUACUCAAGCUACCUGUUUACAGGACUCCCGAAGCCCUUCGGGAGAAAUUACUGUAUGCGGUCAGCGCAGGGGCAGGGUUUGAUUUGAGCUGA